GGAUGCAGGAUGUAUACUUGUAUGGUAUCCCUCAAUAACCCAUUUGCCCGUUCAUUUAUACUUGUUUACUUACAUAAUACGGUCUACGAACUAAGGUUUAUAUCAUGUUUGGUAAAAUUAAGUAGAGCAGAAACAGGGGAAACUCCAUAUAAAUAGACUCAUUACUUCCUCCUCUCAUUUUACAUUUACAUUGCUACUCAUUAACAUUUCCUGCAUUACACACUUCAUUUUCUUGAUUAUUUUUGGUCCUGCUUCUGUUUUCACUUAAAAAUUGCAGUUUUUUUUAAUUAAAAGCAAGAACAAAACCCUCUUUUCCCUACUCCACCUUUUCUUUUUAAUUGAAACUUGAUUUAUGUUAAUUUUUCUGUAAAUGUGCCGACAACCCAACUCAAAAAAACAAUUUUUUUGCGUGACCCUGAAGCAAAAAAUCUCAAAAAAGUGAGAGAAAAAAAAAAAGAAGUAAAAUUUCUCUCUUUUCCCCUUUAAAUUCCUUGUAAUAAACCUCUGCAUUUCAUCAAAAAAAAAAAAACAUUCCCUGUUUUUUUUUUUCAGGAAGAAAAAAAUGGAGACAAUUUCAACAAGAGAGGUUCUACCAGAGGGAUUUUUAGGGGAUAGAGAUGAUAUUACAGGCCAAAUUGGGUUAAUUUGGGAACAAAUUAAAGCACCCUUUUUUGUACCAAUUUUAAAAUUGGCAGUUUUAAUUUGUUUGGGAAUGUCAAUAAUGUUGUUCAUAGAAAGAGUUUAUAUGGGAAUUGUGAUAACAUUGUUAAAAUUAUUUGGGAGAAAACCAGAAAAAAGAUAUAAAUGGGAAACUAUUAAAGAUGAUGUUGAGCUUGGUAGCUCUGUUUAUCCAAUGGUUCUUGUACAAAUCCCAAUGUACAAUGAAAAAGAGGUUUAUCAGCUCUCCAUUGGUGCAGCUUGUGGACUUUCAUGGCCGUCUGAUCGUAUCAUAAUUCAAGUUCUGGAUGAUUCAACUGACUCAACUAUUAAGGAAUUAGUGGCAAUGGAAUGCAAGAGAUGGGCAAGUAAAGGAAUAAACAUAAAAUACGAGAUUAGGGACAACAGAAAUGGGUACAAAGCAGGAGCUUUAAAAGAAGGCAUGAAACAUAAUUACGUCAAGAAUUGUGAUUAUGUUGCUAUUUUUGAUGCCGAUUUUCAACCUGAGCCUGAUUUUCUAUGGCGCUCCGUUCCAUUUUUGAUGCAUAAUCCUCAGCUUGCCCUUGUUCAAGCUCGUUGGAAAUUUGUGAAUUCUGAUGAGUGUUUGAUGACAAGAAUGCAAGAGAUGUCUCUGGAUUACCAUUUUACAGUGGAACAAGAAGUUGGAUCCUCCACCUAUGCUUUCUUUGGCUUUAAUGGCACAGCAGGUGUAUGGAGAAUCUCAGCCAUCAAUGAAGCCGGAGGAUGGAAAGAUAGAACGACGGUCGAGGACAUGGAUCUUGCUGUUAGAGCUAGUCUGAAGGGCUGGAAGUUUUUGUACCUUGGCUCUCUUCAGGUGAAGAAUGAACUGCCAAGUACCUUCAAAGCAUACCGAUUCCAGCAACAUCGAUGGUCCUGUGGCCCUGCUAACUUGUUCAGAAAAAUGGUCUUGGAAAUCAUAAGAAAUGAGAAAGUCUCGUUGUGGAAGAAGGUACAUGUAAUAUACAGCUUCUUCACAAUCAGGAAGGUUAUAGCUCAUGUUGUUACCUUUGCGUUUUACUGCAUCGUUCUCCCUGCCACCGUAUUAGCGCCUGAAGUUGUGGUGCCAAAGUGGGGGGCAGUAUAUAUCCCUUCCAUCAUUACCCUCCUCAAUGCAGUUGGGACACCAAGGUUACUCGAAUCCCUUUUUUCUUGUUUCUUUUUGGUUUAUCUUCUGAAGGCUGUCUGGUCUAAAUGCAGAUCACUUCAUCUGCUAGUUUUCUGGAUUCUCUUUGAAAAUGUUAUGUCACUGCACCGUACUAAAGCAACCUUGAUCGGCUUGAUGGAGGGUGUACGAGUGAAUGAGUGGGUCGUUACUGAGAAGCUUGGUGACGCUCUUAAGUUCAAAUCAGCUGCAAAAGGUUCUAAGAAACCCCGAUUUAGAUUUGGAGAAAGACUGCAUAUACUAGAGCUCGGUGUUGGAGCUUACCUCCUCUUCUGUGGCUGGUACAACCUACUCUUUGGGAAGAACCACUUCUUCAUCUACCUUUUCUUUCAAGCCUUUGCCUUCUUUGUCGCGGGAUUUGGAUACGUGGGCACCUUUGUUCCAGGCUCCUAGUUCGGAUUCACAGACAAUGUGACUGCUUAAAUUCUUUUUGCCCU